CUGCUAGGCAGGACACCGCCAACCCCCGUCCGUAGCCGGCCACUCGGUUCCACGGCCUAUCUCGACGGUCUCCGAGGCGUUGCGGCUCUGGUCGUCUACAUCUUCCACUUCAAUUACCUUUGGUUCCCUAACUUGGGACGCGCCUACGGCUCCAGCCAGAAUGACUUUCUCUUCUGGCAGCUGCCAAUCGUUCGCGUGCUGCACUCGGGCCGCUCCAGCGUCACCAUCUUCUUCAUCAUCUCGGGCUACGUGCUGACCCUGAAGACCCUGACGGCCAUCCACAAGGGCCAAGGCGACAGGGUGCUCGGCAGUCUUGCCGGCUCCCUCUUCCGCCGGCCCUUUCGCCUGUAUCUGCCGAUCAUCGCCUCAACAGCCAUCGCAGCCGUGCUCAUUCGCUUUGACAACAUCUUCAUCCCGAACAUUGGCGGCGGCGACAUACCGCCGCGCGCCGCGACUUGGACCGAGCAGUUUUGGCAUUGGCUGGCGACAACCGAGAAGACUGUCAGCCCCUUUCGGCCCGUCACGGGACGCGAGGGCCUCUGGGGGAACGACUACAACGGCCACCUCUGGACCAUUCCCACCGAGUUCAAGGGGUCGCUCCAAGUCUUUCUCCUGCUGCUUGCCUUUUCACGGUCCAAGCGCUGGGUUCACCUGCUCGGCGUCUCCAUCGCCGGCUACUGGCAGCUGGUGAAGGGCGACUACGACCAGACACUCUUCUGCGUCGGCCUGCUCCUCGCCGAGCUGUCGCUGGUAUUGCCGCCGUCGUCCCUGCUCUCUGACAGCUCCUUGUCAUUGCCGUCAAGCUCGACAGUGUUAAAGACGGUUCGAGCGUACCUGUCAAACGCGACAACGCUGUGGCAUGUCGGCACCUUGGCGCUCUUCGCCGCCUCUGUCCACCUCAUGUCGUACCCGCAAGCCGGGGGGCCGUCGUCCCCGGGCUUCCGGACCAUCUCGACUCUCGUGCCGUCCUUUUACCGCGGCAACGAAGACCGCAUCCAGCAGUUUUGGAUCUCAACCGGGUCCAUCGCCUUCGUCCUCGCCCUGAUCGAACCGCUCCUGCAGCGCCUCUUCACUAGCGCCUUCGCGCAGUACCUCGGCCGCAUCUCGUACUCGCUGUACCUGUGGCACGGCGCCGUCAACCACAUCGUCGGCCAGCGG